CCGGGCUGUGGUUGCUCUUCCGCCGGCAUAGGGCCUAUGUUGAUUUAAGUCUGACUUGCAACAUUGCGCACCUGUGUCCUUUGGCUCCCAUUGGGGCUGUGCUGUGGAUCAUCUUAGGUCUGACCGGGUUCACAGUGCAGCUAAAGCAAGCUUUCCGUUGGCAUCCAUCGUAAGUAAUGACACGCAGCAAGAUAAGAGCUUCGCUAACACACCUGUUUUACAACUCUUCUUGUAUGUGGUUGACUGGAGCGCGCUUGAAAUGGAGUGGCGGUUGCGCUCCUCAGUCAUCUUAGGUCUGACCGGGCUGUGGUUGCUCUUCCGCCGGCAUAGGGCCUAUGUUGAUUUAAGUCUGACUUGCAACAUUGCGCACCUGUGUCCUUUGGCUCCCAUUGGGGCUGUGCUGUGGAUCAUCUUAGGUCUGACCGGGUUCACAGUGCAGCUAAAGCAAGCUGUUUUACAACUCUUCUUGUAUGUGGUUGACUGGAGCGCGCUUGAAAUGGAGUGGCGGUUGCGCUCCUCAGUCAUCUUAGGUCUGUCCGGGCUGUGGUUGCUCUUCCGCCGGCAUAGGGCCUAUGUUGAUUUAAGUCUGACUUGCAACAUUGCGCACCUGUGUCCUUUGGCUCCCAUUGGGGCUGUGCUGUGGAUCAUCUUAGGCCUGACGGGGUUCGCAGUGCAGCUAAAGCAAGCUUCCAUUGUAAAUUUGCGAUAGGUAGAUGAGUAAAGCUUAGUAAACGCACAGACUGCUUUCGGGUCGUUGUGUAUGGUUUUUAUUCUUAUCUUUUUCCAUCGAUGAAUUACAACACAUCAUUGGGAAAAUAAGCUUAGAUGUCUUUCAUGUCCGCAUAAGCUAUUCAAGUGAACAACUGGGACUGUAGUCUCAAAGACCACAGCGAAUUUUCACUACGAGACACCAGACCCAAACUGAAGUUUGAUUCACGGUCAGCGGAGCUUUGCUGGGAUAUAAUAUUGUAAUAAAGAUACUAUUUCGGUCGUGGUGUGAGCAGUGUUGUAUUCCAACAUGAUCAUUAACAUAUCCG